GCGAGCACAGGCUGGGGAGAAGCCCGGGCUGUUUGUGCUGUAACCUGGGAGAGGGGCGCACGCAUCCUGCGCUCUGCACGCGGACACACACUCUAGGCGAGGUGCAGCCCCCGGCCCCGUCCGCCGAGGGCGCCCCCAGGUGCCACUCUGGGUGGAGCAGCAGCUCCCCGCUAGCCUCAGGGCCCCUGGUCCCCGCUGCUGCCGCCCAGAGGAGAAAGGCACCGCUGCUCCAAAUCUCGGGGCGCCGCAGCCCGUGCCACGCAGCCGGAGCCUGGAGCCUCGGGGGCGGUGCAGCCGGAGAGCGCAGUGAAUGAGUUCCCCCAGCGUCUCCGAGUUGUCUGAGUUGGUGGCGCUGUGCGGUUUUCCGGGCUGUCGGCGCCCCACUGGCUUACCGGUGGCCGGGCCAGACCCGCACGCCGGGGAGCCCAGGCUCCUGAGCUCCUGUCCCAGCCCCAGUCCGGGGAGCAGGCGGGCGAGCCGGGCAGAGGCGCGCGUUCAGCCCGCACUCUGCGCGGCUUCUGCUGUCUCCAUGGCGUCCUAUCAGCAAUCCCGCAUCCAGGCUUACCUGGAGAAGAACAAGAUCGGUCCCCUGUUUGAGGAAUUAAUGACCAAAUUAAUAACUGAGACACCUGACCAGCCAAUCCCAUUUCUCAUUGACCAUCUUCAGUCCAAACAAGGAAACCGAGGGCAGCUUCAGCGAACUUUAUCUGGAUCUGCAGCUCUCUGGGCAGAAAGUGAAAUAUCAGAACAUAAAGGAACAAGGAGGGAUUUGAGAAGCUAUGAUAAGCCUUGGCAAUUAAAUGCAAAGAAGCCCAAAAAGUCAAAAAGUGACCUUGCUGUCUCCAAUAUUUCUCCACCGUCACCAGAAUCCAAAUCAUUGUCAAGGUCAGUAGAUCAUCCUAAGUGGAACUGGCGAACUAAACCAGAAAGCCGUGAUUUUGAUGAAUUGAACCACAUCCUUCAAGAGAGCAAGAAGCUGGGAAAAGCCCUUGAGAAGCUCUCUCGAAGUAUUGCAAUUUCAGAUGAACUUGAUAAGGAAACAGUGGCAUGUAAUUCUUCUCUUCUAAGACCCCGUGUAAUAGGAGAAUGGAUUGGUCGAGAAGAGAAUGAUGCUGACCCAUUGGCAGCCGAAAUGCUACAGCCCCCAAUUCCAAGAAGUAAAAAUGAACAAUGGGAAAGUGAAGAUAGCAGCUCUAGCCCCACAGGAAGCUUAAAGGUGGAACCCAAGACCAAGGGAUUAAAACAGCAGCAACAGCAACAUAAGAAACUGCUGGCAGCGAUGCUCUCUCAAGAUUCUUUUGAGUCUAUUCACAGCCCUACCCCACCUGUAACAGAAGAAGAUAUUGAUAAUGAAGAUGAUGCAAUGGAAUUGCUGGAGGAUCUUGAUGAUUUAAGAAUGGAGGGAGUGACUACUCUGGCACCUUCUGGGAGCAAAUUUAAUCAAGGUCGUGCUACUCACCCUGCUGAACUUCAGGCCAAGGUCACACUGAACAUCUGUUCAAGGUGUGCCAGACUCCAAGGAGACAACUUGGCAGAAAGAACAGAGGAGACGACACAAAUACUUCCUUCUCCAGAUGAAAUAAUCCUGGAUUCUUUGAAUUCUUUACCUGGGACUGAAGAAGCACUAAUGGAGGAGGGUGGAGAAUUUGAAAUAGCAUCUAAAUUAACAGGACCUGGAGAAGCCCCCAGUGGAGGACAGUCAUUGAAACACUACAUGGAAGAAGAUGAUUCUUUAAAGCAAUUGCAGGUGGUUCACCAACCAUGGAUCUUGCCAAGUGACACAGAAAGUGAAGGAGUGGAAGCAGAACAAGAGAAACGUGAGUAG